AUGCGUCUUCGUAUUUUAUUGUUUUUAACAUUUAUAUGGAGUGCAGCGGCGUGGGAUGAUGAUGACUUAGAAGUAUUCGACGUGGUUGAAGAAGUUAACCAGAAUUUUUACGAAUUAAUGGGAGUUCCACAGGAUGCAUUACAAUCGGAGAUUAAAUCAGCCUUCAAAAAGUUAACUCUUAAACUGCACCCUGAUAAAAAUGAUGCCCCUGAUGCAGACGUUCAGUUUCGAAACUUAGUGUCUGUUCAUAAUAUUUUAAAAGACCCAGGGAAGAGGCAAAAAUAUAAUGAGGUACUUAAGAAUGGUCUUCCAAAUUGGCGUUCAGCAGUAUAUUACUAUAGACAUGUUAGAAAGAUGGGUUUGGCAGAGGGUUCUAUUAUUUUGUUCAUAAUCAUAACAUUUGGGCAGUAUACUGUUGGCUGGGCAGCAUAUGCGGAAAAGAGAUUUACGGCAGAACAAAUACUAAACAGCAGAGGAAAAAAACAUUCAAAAAAAUCUGGCUUUGAUACUGGCUUAGCAGAAAUAUUAGAUAAACUACCAAAGCCAAGUAUUAAGGACACACUGCCUUUCCAAAUACCGAGGGCCAUUUGGUGGACUAUAACUGCCAUUCCACUGGGUAUUAUGGAGUUAAAAAAGAGAAGGAAAGAGAUGGAAGAAGAGAAUAAAAGGAAGAAAAAGAGAGAAGAAGAAGACAAAAUUCGUGCUGAACGUGAAGCGGUCGCGGCGGAGGCCCGCGCCGAGGCCAGCAGCGCGGCCCGGCGGCGCAGGGCCUUCGUGCCGCCCGCCCGGGACUGCCUGCUUGAUCCUGCAGCAGAGCCUGAGGAUAGUGGUCCUAUAGCUGUUCCUGUGAAACCUUCCCCACCAGUGAUAUCUGGUGGGCUUUGGACAGACGACGACUUGGCGGAGCUUGUCCGUCUCGUCAAAAAGUAUCCCCCGGGAGCCGCAGAACGGUGGGAGAGGAUAGCCGAGGCCAUGGCCAGGAGUGUACCCGAAGUCACGCACAUGGCCGCCAAGCUCAAAGAAAACUGCUAUAAAGUACCUGGCCAAGAUCAGGUGGAAGAAGCAGCGCCAGAGCCACCCAAAAAAGUCAAAACCCGUAAAUCUGAAGAGACGAGCGGCGGCAACUGGUCCCAGCCGCAGCAGCGCGCGCUGGAGGCUGCCCUCGCCAAGUACCCGAAGGGCGCGCACAGCGACCGCUGGCAGAAGAUAGCCAACAAUGUACCGGGGAAGACGAAAGAGGAAUGCAUGCAGAGGUGUAAAUAUUUAUCAGAAAUGUUGAAAAAGCAGAAACAGAAAGAAGAAGAACAGAAUGAUGGAGAGACGAUCGCUGGAGGCGAUCAAAGUGACGAAGUUACAACCAAUGCU